CAUCACAGUCAUCGAGAACGGAGCGGUUAAUAAUUGCACUGUUGUUGUUGUGUGUAAUAGUACUUUUGCAAUUUCGCUCAAUCAUUUGAAUCAUGACUACCUCGGUCAGCACAAAUCCGUCUACCUUGUUGCCUUUAGAACUCGUCGACAAAUGCAUCGGAUCACGGAUACACAUUAUAAUGAAAAACGACAAAGAGAUCGUGGGGACUCUGCAGGGUUUCGAUGACUUCGUGAACAUGUUGCUGGAAGAUGUGACAGAAAGCGAAGCGACCCCCGAAGGCCGCAGAGUCACAAAGCUAGAUCAGAUUCUUUUAAACGGCAGCAAUAUCACUAUGUUGGUACCUGGUGGCGAGAUGCCGGAUACGUAAACUUUGGAAUCGUACAUUCCAGGCACGCAAGAAAAAAAGCCAACUGUAUAUCAACACUUUUUGUUCUUAAAAUUGUGAUAAAAGUACAAACAAACGGUAACUUAGUCACGUAUACUGGAUUUCUUAAGUUUAAUUUUUGCUAAACAACAAAUAUCAACUUGUAAUUAAA